CUCUUAGCUGCGCGCUAGACAGUACACGUGCACAAUGGAGGUACCAACUAUUAUAUUCAUCAGUCUCGUGCUCUGCGGUGCCAAAGACGUACAGGCUGAUGCCAGUUUGUCAGAGUUGGAUACACGGGUUGGCCAGGUUGAAAGAGAUAUUGAUGCAUGGAAACUCACAACUGGUGGUAAUCAGAUUAGAAUGAUUAAGGACUUUAAAAAGUUUGAGUUGUCACUAAAAGAAGAACUGACCGGAACAUUCGUCCCUACCCUGAUAAGGCGUCUAGUCAACCGAGCAAUUACUGACAUCCUGACAGAAAAAUAUAUUAGCAAUAUUAUCAGCCGACGUGUUCUCCGUGAAGUUGACAGCCUGAAAGCUGACUUCAUGACGCUGAAUACACGUUGUGUGAUGAUGAGAAACGAGGUUGAAUCGUGCAUGGAUGGCCUACAGAAAAUCCAGCAGAAGUUACCCACAGACAUGCAGAGUUUAACCUCUCAACUGAACCAGACCAAAGAAGAUCUGCUUGAUACAAAGGAAGUAAUCAGUGGACUUACGGAGGACUUUAUUACGCUGAAUACAAGUUGUGGUAUGAGGAAAGAGGUAAAACCGAGUGAUGGAAAUGAAGGUUCGUCAUUGUCGCAGGUGUCACCCACGACUCCAACCACGACGUAUCCUGGAACUACAACAGCCUCGACUGAUCCAAGCCAGAGCAAGACGGUUCCACCAGUGACGACACAAGACUCCGAUCUACACGGUAGGUGGGAAAACUCAACAGGCAGGAAGCUCAGUCCUUAAUUCUCCUUGCAUUUAACAUGCUGGUGUAUAUAUACCCGUGGAGAUUCUGACUUGAGGGAUGAGUCUAACCUAUGGUAUCGAUCAACGUUCAUGCUGUCAAUCACAGGAUUUCAAACUGUAAAAACUAAAUUUAGG